AUGCUUUUCUCUUCUUCAUAUAUUCUCAUUUCAUUCUUUUUUUCUUCCUUUCUAUUCUCGCUCAUUCAUUUUUCCUCCUUCUAUUUCUGUCUCAUCCUUUUUUUUCCUGCUUCUAUUCUCGACAAUACUUUUCUCUUCUUCAUAUUCUCAUUUCAUUCUUUUUUCUUUGCUUUCUAUUCUCACUAUUCAUUUUCCUCCUUCCUAUUUCUGUCUCAUCCUUUUAUUUUCCUUCCUAUUCUGGACAAUGUUUUCUCUUCUUCAUAUUCUCAUUUUGUUCUUUUUUUCUUCCUUUUCUAUUCUGCUCAUUCAUUUUUUUCCUUCUUCCUUUCAUCUCAUCCUUUUAUUUUCCUACUUCCUAUUCUCGACAAUGCUUUCUCUUCUUCUUAUUCUCAUUUUCAUUCUUUUUUCUUCCUUUCUAUUCUCGCUCAUUCAUUUUCCUCCCUUCUAUUUCUGUCUCAUCCUUUUAUUGCCUUUUCUAUUUCUGGCCUCAUUCUUUUCAUAUUUUUUCAUUCUUUUUUUCUUCCUAUUCUCGCUCAUUCAUUUCUUUCCCUCUCAUCCUUUUUCAUAUUCUCCAAUUUCAUUUCUUUUUUUCUCAUUACUUCUUUUUUCUUUCUAUUCUCGCUCAUUCAUUUCUCCUCCCUUCCUAUUUCUGUCUCAUCCUUUUUUUCCUGCUUCCCUAUUCUCGACAAUGCUUUCUCUUCUUCUUAUUCUCAUUUCAUUCUUUUUUUCCUUUCUUCCUUUCUUUUCCUCCUCGCUCAUUCAUUUUUUCCUACUUCCUACCCCCUCUUCCCAUAUUCUCAUUUCAUUCUUUUUUUUCCUUUUUCACUUGUUUCCCCCUUCUUCUCUGUCUCAUCCUUUUCCUACUUCUUCUUCAUAUUCUCUUCUUCAUUUCAUUUUCUUUUUUUCUUCCUUUCUAUUCUCGCUCAUUCAUUUUCCUCCCCUUCCUAUUUCUGUCUCAUUUCUUUAUUUUCCUGCUUCUAUUCUCGACAAAUGCUUUCCACUUCUUUUUUCAUAUUCUCAUUUCAUUCUUUUUUUUCUUCUUUUUAUUCUCGCUCAUUCAUUUCUCCUCCCCUUCCUAUUUCUAUGUCAUUCUUUUUAUUUUUCCUGCUUCCUAUUCCUGCUUUCCUCUUCUUCUUCAAUGCUCAUUUCAUUCUUCUUAUUCAUAUUCUCCUCCCCUUUCAUUCAUUUUCCUUUUCUUUUCCUCUUCUUCUUCCAUUUCUCAUUUCAUUCUUUUUUUCUUCUUUUCUAAUUCUCGCUCAUUCAUUUCUCCCCCUUCCUAUUUCCUCUUCUUUUAUUUUCUUCCUAUUCUCGACAAUGCUUUCUCUUCAUAUUCUCAUUUCACAAUUUUUCUUCCUCUUCUUCUCAUUCAUUUUCUCAUUUCAUUCUUUUUUUUCUCUCCUUUCUCAUUUCUUCUUUUUUCUUCCUUUCUGUUCUGCUCAUUUCUCCUCCUUCCUAUUUCUGUCUCAUUCUUUUUAUUUUCCUGCUUCCUAUUCUCGACAAUGCUUUUCUCUUCUUCUUCAUAUUCUCAUUUCAUUCUUUUUCUUCCUUUCUAUUCUCGCUCAUUCAUUUUUCCUCCUUCCUAUUUCUGUCUCAUCCUUUUUUUUUCCUAUUCUUCUUUCCUAUUCUCGACAAUUCUUUUCUCUUUUUCUUCCUUUUCUAUUCUCGCUCAUUUCAUUUUCUUUUUUUCUUCUCAUCCUUUUCCUAUUCUCUCGACAAUGCUUUCAUUUUCUCCCCAUUCUUUUUUCCUUUCUUCUCGUCUUCAUCUUUUCCCCUUUUUCCUUUACUUUCCCUAUUCUCUCUCGACAAUGCUUUUCUCUUCUUCUUCUAUUCUCAUUUCAUUCUUUUUUCUUCCUUUCUAUUCUCACUCAUUCAUUUUCCUCCCCUUCCUAUUUCUGUCUCCAUCCUUUUAUUUUUUUCCUACUUCCUAUUCUCGACAAUGCUCUUCUUCUUCAUAUUCUCUUUCAUUCUUUUUCUUCUUUUCUAUUCUCGCUCAUUCAUUUUCCCCCCCUUUCUAUUUCUGCCUCAUUUUUUAUUUUCCUGCUUCCUAUUCUCGACAAUACUUUCCACUUCUUUUCAUAUUCUCAUUUCAUUCUUUUUUUCUUCCUUUUAUUCUCGCUUCAUUUCUCCUCCCUUCUAUUUCUUUCUCAUUCUUUUAUUUCCUAUUCCUAUUCUCAUGCUUUUCUCUUCUUCUUCAUAUUCUCAUUUCAUUCUUUUUUUCUUCCUUUCUAUUCUCGCUCAUUCAUUUCUCCUCCCCUUCCUAUUUCUGUCUCAUUCUUUUAUUUUCCUGCUUCCUAUUCUCGACAAUGCUUUUCUCUUCUUCUUCAUAUUCUCAUUUCAUUCUUUUUUUCUUCCUUUCUAUUCUCGCUCAUUCAUUUCUCCACCCCUUCCUAUUUCUGUCUCAUUCUUUUUAUUUUCCUGCUUCUUUCUCGACAAUAUUUUCUCUUCAAUUCUUUUCAUUCUUUUUCUUCCCUUUCUAUUCUCAUUUCAUUCUUUUUCCUUUAUUCUGUCUCAUCCUUUUAUUUCCUACUCAUUCUCGAUUUUUCUCUUCCUUCUAUUUCUUCUUCCUCAUUCUUUCAUUUUUUCCUAUUUCUGUCUCAUCCUUUUAUUUCCCUUCCUAUUCUCAUUAAUGCUUUUCUCUUCUUCAUAUUCUCAUUUCAUUCUUUUUUCUUCCUUUCUAUUCUCGCUCAUUCAUUUUCCUCCCCUUCCUACUUUCUGUCUCAUCCUUUUAUUUUCCUGCUUCGACAAUGCUUCUUCUUCAAUUCUUUUCAUCUUUUUUCUUCCUUUCUAUUCUCUCAUUUCCCCCUUCUUUUUUUCCUUUUAUUUCUAUUCUGGACAAUGCUCAUUCUCAUUUCAUCCUUCCUCCCUUUCUAUUUCUGUCUCAUCCUUUUAUUUUCCUACUUCCUAUUCUCGACAAUGCUUUUCUCUUCUUCAUAUUCUCAUUUCAUUCUUUUUUCUUCCUUUCUAUUCUCGCUCAUUCAUUUUUCCCCCUUCUUUUCUGUCUCAUUCUUUUAUUUUCCUGCUUCCCUUCUCGACAAUUCUUCCUCUUCUUUUCUCAUUUCAUUUUUUUCUUUUUUCUAUUCUCGCUUUCAUUUCUCCUCCCCUUCCUAUUUCUGUCUAAUUCUUUUUUUCCUGCUUCCUAUUCUCGACAAUUUUCCUCUUCUUCUUCCUCAUUUCAUUCUUUUUUCUUCCUUUCUAUUCUCCUCAUUCAUUUUUCUCCUUUCCUUUUCUGUCUCAUUCUUUUAUUUUUCACUGCUUCCUAUUCUCGACAAUGCUUUUCUCUUCUUCUUCAUAUUCUCAUUUCAUUCUUUUUUUCUUCCUUUCUAUUCUCGCUCAUUCAUUUUUCCUCCCCUUCCUAUUUCUGUCUCAUUCUUUUAUUUUCCUGCUUCCUAUUCUCGACAAUGCUUUUCUCUUCUUCUUCAUAUUCUCAUUUCAUUCUUUUUUUCUUCCUUUCUAUUCUCGCUCAUUCAUUUCUCCUCCCCUUCCUAUUUCUGUCUCAUUCUUUUAUUUUCCUGCUUCCUAUUCUCGACAAUGCUUUUUCUUCUUUCUCAUUUCAUUCUUUUUUUCUUCCUUUCUAUUCUCGCUCAUUCAUUUUUCCUUCCUCUUUCUGUCUUCAUUUCCUUAUUCUCCUAA